AUGACGCCGGUGGGGUGGUUUUUUGGUAGGCUGUUAUGGGGAUUUUCGGUGGUGAUUGAGUCGUUUUUUAGUGGACCAGCGUUGGUUCACCGGAACACAUUUCAAAAAGGAGGCAAUGCACUUACUGUAACGUACAAUGUUACAAAUAGGGACCCAAAUUCAGCUGGAGGCGUCCGAUUCACAAACAAAGUUGGCUUAAAUUACACCAAACAGACACUUGCCAAUUCCACUAAUUUCAUUUGGGCAAUUUUUCAACAAACAGUUGAUGCUGACAAGAGACUAUACACAACUCUCAAUUGUUUUGUUGAGAAUACCACUAAUGGAUACAUUGCCUAUACAGUUGGCAAUGAAAUCCACUUAGGCACAAGUUACAUACAGUCUUAUUCCGGAAACAUUAAAACUGAGGUCACAGGAAUUAUUUUCCAUGAGGCAACUCAUGUUUGGCAGUGGUUCGGAAACUCCUCGACUCCACGUGGAUUAAUAGAAGGAAUUGCGGAUUACGUGCGACUAAAGGCUGGGUAUGCGGUUAGUAAUUGGGCACAAAAUGGGCAAGGUAGCCGAUGGGAUGAAGGUUAUUCUGUCACAGCACGUUUUUUGGAUUACUGUAAUGGCCUGAGAAAUGGAUUUGUGGCUGAGUUGAAUAAGAAGAUGAGGACUGGCUAUUCUAAUAAUUUCUUUGUUAAAUUACUUGGCAAGACACCUGAACAGCUUUUUGCUGAUUACAAGGCCAAGUAUAAAACUGCUUAA